AGGGAUGGAGGCAGGGGGUUGGUAUUUGCAAAGAACCUGGCAAGAGAUGGACCUGGAAAUGGGAGUUCAGGGACCAGAAUUUGUCCCGUUACUAUACACAAAUCCAUGUCCGAUUAUUUGAAUCUCUGGCUUUGGGGAUUGGGUAACCAUGCUGUCACCGUCUGGGAUGGCUCUGGAUCCCUGGGGCCAGAUCCCACUCUGUAGUUCCCUCAGGAACAACUGGCACAAACUCAAGGCCAGUGGGGGGUCCCAAGGCUCAAGGCCUUUUCCUCAUCUGUGGAUUUUUCCAGCUGCUUUUCUUGGCCCAAGGAUGACACCCAUAGGGAUACAGAUGAGGGAGGCGGAAGCAGAGAAAACAGUGAAGACAGAAUGAGUUGGGAAAGAGGCUGAUGUUAGGAAGAGAUGCAGAAAUGGCGCUAGUGGUCCAGCCAUCUGAGACAGGACACCUGGGGCAUCUUUUCAAGUAGCAGCUGUGUUGGGCAUGGACUGGGCUGAAGCCUAGGAGCCCCAGCUGCUCACAUCUGGAGGCAGGAUCAUGUCUACUAACAAAGGCUGGUGGGUGCCACCUGAAGGUGAGGACAGCGUGUCUGCCAAGUUCCUGAGGAAGAGCAGGGAGUCUCCGCUGGUGCCUAUAGGCCUAGGAGGCUGCCUGGUGCUGGCAGCAUACAGGAUUUACCGGCUGAAGGCUCGUGGUUCCACCAAGAUGUCCAUACACCUGAUUCAUACCCGAGUGGCAGCGCAGGCCUGUGCUGUGGGUGCAAUCAUGCUAGGUGCUGUGUAUACAAUGUACAGAGACUACAUCAAGAGAACGGCACAGGAUGCUGGAGAGAAGUAGGGUUCCUACAGCUCGGGGCAGUCAGACCCUCUCACAGCGAUGCCUGCCAUGUUCCUAAUAAAGGAGUUUUGUGGAAAAUCGGUCAGUCUGUUCUUCACUUGGGGGAGAGCAGAGUAAGGGAUUGGUAGUGGCUGGUGGGGGACUUAGAGCAAAGGGUUGGAAAUCACUUUGGGGCAAGAGAGACUCUCAGGAGGCAGACGGGGAAGUGCAGUAGACCUCGGAUCCCAGCAACCCAAGAACUCCCAAGCCAGCUCAGAUCCCACCCAGAGAAGCCUGGUAGGGGACAGGACGCCAGUGGGGAGUGGGGGCAGUGAAGAGGCCUCCGUGCUCAUGGGAACACUGAAUGAAGAGGCAGGCGUUCCUCCCACCACAGGCUGUGUCCCUGGGGACCCAGGCAGGAAGGCGGUGCA